UAUGCAUAAGCUUUGGCGCUGCGCUGUCUAGUGGCUAUGCGAUCUUAAUCAAGCUCUCUCAUGUAUACACGCGCGGCGAGCUUUGACGACAACGACGACGACGACGACGACACGCACGUCGACGUGUGGCAUGUGUAUACGCACCACCUGCGCGUGUACUAACGCGUUGAAAAAAAGUUUAUUUUAUACUUUUAUAAUCGGCAUGUGCGCAGUGCGUAGGCAGACAGGCCGAGGCAGAGACGGUCAGGCGCGCUUUUCUCUUUUCUUUCUUUUCGCGCUCGUGCGUACCGAUCGGAACCGACCCGCGCGCGCCCGUUUUCUCCGUCUCGCAGUGUUUCGUGAGUGUGCGCGAAUGUGUAUAACGUGUAAAGUGCGCGCGUAGCAAACCAUGCACACACUGACUUGAAGACGCAUUAUCAAAGCUCGUUAUCUACUCUCUAUUUUUUUUUUUUUACUUUUUACCAACACACACGCAGUGCAGCGCAGGCGAAUCGCAUAGACAUCGUGGUCGUCGUCCAGCAAGGCGUUACUUGUCUUCUCACGCUUCUGCUGUAUAACAAAACUCAGCCUUCGCACACGCACACGCAUGCAUUGAAUCACCACCGCGAUCAUGAACGGCAACUCGCCCCCGUCGGCCUACGGCUAUCAUCGUCGAAUCAUGCCCAGCACUCGACAACAACAACAGCAAGCCCAACAACAGCUUCGCAGCCACGAGUCUCACUACGAGGCGCUCAAGGACGCCUGCCUCCAUCGCGAUCGCGGCACCAUCACCUGGCUCCUCAAGGAGGGCUGCCGCGUCAACGACAAGGAGCUCGACCGAGUCUCCGACAGUCCCCUCCACGUCGCGGUCUUCAAUCAGGACCUCGAGCUCGUCCGCCUCCUCCUGAACUUCGGCGCCGACGUCAACGCCACCAACUUCCAGAAGCAGACGCCCGUCCAUCUGGCCUUCGAGAUGCGCAACCAGGAGAUGGUCGAUCUCCUCCUGGCGCGCUGUCGCGACGGUCGCUGCAACCCCUUCACCGGCUACGGCCUCUCGCACUUUCACAUCGCCUGCGUGCGCAACAAUUGGCGCGUGGCUCACGCCUAUCUCGAGAACGGCGUCAACGCCAACACCUUCCUCGAGAAGAGCUUCUACGGCCGCGACUACGUGUUCUAUCGGCCGCUGCAUCUGGCCUGCAAGUACGAGAAUCUCGAGGUCGCGGAGCUGCUGCUCAAGUACGGCGCCAACGUCAACGCGCGCGAUCGUUUUCAGCGCGUGCCGCUGCACAUGGCCUGUCGCUUCAAUUCGCGCAGGCUCUGCGACGCGGUGCGCGAGGCCGAGAUCGAGAGCCCCCAGGACGUGUUGCGACUGGUGAAGCAGGAGUACGGCCAGGUCGACAUAGUCCGGCUGCUGCUGCGUUUUCACGCGGACGUCGAGGCGCUGGACGUCAACGACACGCCACCCCUGUUUCACGUGUUCAAGUGCGAUAUGCGAUUGCUCAGGGGCAUAGUGGCUACGAGGGUCGCGAGCUACAACGAGGACUUUUGGCGCGAGGUGCAGGCGGUGUUCCGCGACAUACAGAGGGAAAAAUUCUUCUGCCUCAUCAACGCCGAUGCCAACGUCGGGUACGCCACGGCCAGCGGCAAGGACACGCUGCUGCAUCUGCUGAUCGACGGCAGGCGCCUCUUCAAUCAUCAUCAUCAGAGCGGCAGCAGCAAUAAAAACAACAAAAUCAACGGCUGCAACAACAAUAAUUACUCGUCGAGAGAGCGGGACCUGCCCGACGAGGAGAAAGCCGAGCUCGUCGACACUCUGCUCAAGUACGGCGCCGACAAGGACGCGCGAAACUCCGCCGGUCUCAGCGCCCUGCAGAUGGCCGUGUCCGCCUAUCUGCGCCACACCGUGAAGAUGCUGCUGGAUCACGGCGCCAACGUCGCGGGGGUCUGCUUCUUUCACUAUCGCAUGCCGAAGCGCGACCCGAGCGGCAACUUCGACGUGCGCGAGAUGGAGGCGUUCCUCGACAUCAUCGCCCUGAUGCUGGCCAGAAAAUCGGAGCUCGGGGCGAAUCGCAGCAACGAGCUGCUGAUGCUGCGUUACAUGGCCGUGGAGUCGAGCAUCAGGCACAUCGAGAACUGCAGCCUGAGCGAGUUGAGGCAUCUGCUGGAUUUCGGCGACGUGAACGCGAUGAACGUGGCGUUCUAUCUGAGCGAGCGAUCGGUGUUGAGCAAUCGCGAGAAGAUCGGCCUGAUGCUCGAGCACAUCAGGAAACUGGAGGUGGCGGGUUUGCACGUCGAGGCGGGCGUCAAGCGACAGUUCCUCGAGUGCGAGGCCAUCAUCGACGCGCGCAAGAGCAGCGGCGGCGGCGAGAACGCCGCCGAGGAACGAUCCUUCACGGAGCGCUGCCGCCUCGAGGUGGCCAAACUCAAGCUACGCAUGAUCGAUCGCUACGCCUCGUUCUACGAUCUGCUCUUUCUCAACGUCAACGAGGUCGCCGUCCGAAUAAAGAACGAGCGAUUUCGCGCGGCGAUACGCGACAACUGUCGCGCCGACUUCGUCCUCUACAACGCCAUGAUCAUCAAGCAGUUCGUCAAGGGCCUGAUCAGGUCGAUACUGCUCGAGGCUACGAAGCAGCAGCUGAGCUACGUGUACGACGUCACCCUGCCCGAUCCCUGCUCCGAGAGGAUAAUCCGACAUCUGAGUAACGAGGAUCUCUGCAAUUUGGCGCUGGCUUUCGAGAGAUGCUUUUAA